UUUCUUCCGAAACUCUGGCAGCUCUGCCUUUGGCUAUUCUAGGCGCUUUGUGUGCGUUUGUUGCAGCCACACUAUUUUCUUUCUUUUAACCUCUCGUUUCCGGCAAGAAGUAUCGAGACAAAGCCGCCAAAAUGAGGAAGAUCAUGAAACAGGGCAAGAUCGUCAUCGUCCUUAGCGGACGUUACGCUGGCCGCAAGGCCAUCAUCGUCAAGACCUCCGACGAUGGCACCCCGGAGAAGCCCUUCGGACAUGCCCUGGUCGCUGGAAUCGAUCGUUACCCCCGCAAGGUGACCAAGAAGAUGGGCAAGAACAAGCUGAAGAAGAAGUCUAAGGUCAAGCCUUUCCUGAAGAGCUUGAACUACAACCAUCUGAUGCCCACUCGCUACACCGCGCACGACAUCAGCUUCGAGAAGCUGUCGCCCAAGGACCUCAAGGAUCCCGUCAAGCGCAAGACUCACCGUUUCCAGACCCGCGUCAAGUUCGAGUCUGUCUACAAGGAGGGCAAGAACAAGUGGUUCUUCCAGAAGCUGCGAUUCUAAGCCGAUGCUCAUUAUUGUUGCUGGAUGAAUGUCGUCGCUUUUUUUAAGGAUUAAUAAACAAAGAAGUAAUUCUGAUAAAAAUGACCGAA